UUUAAAGAAACCGUGUCAAAAGUAUGUAACUCGACCGUCCGCGCCGCUGCCGCCGCUGCUGUAUGAAACGGAAACGUGGUGCGUCUGCGCAAAUUGACUCUCGCGACCCUCAGUUCCCAUUUUGGACACAUAUUGGUUAAAACACCUUGAACCACAAUGGCAGAUACCCAGCUUGACGAUACUCAAUUUGAAACCGGAGAUUCCGGCGCUUCACAGACCUACCCCAUGCAAUGCUCUGCCCUCCGCAAAAACGGAUUCGUAAUGCUCAAGAGUCGCCCCUGCAAAAUCGUCGAUAUGUCCACUUCAAAGACCGGCAAACACGGUCACGCAAAGGUUCACUUGGUCGGCAUCGACAUAUUUUCAAGCAAGAAGUAUGAGGACAUUUGUCCUUCUACUCACAACAUGGAUGUGCCUUUCGUCAAAAGAGAGGACUACCAACUAACCGACAUCUCUGAUGACGGUUACCUAACCCUGAUGUCCGACAAUGGAGACCUGCGUGAGGACCUGAAGGUUCCCGAUGGAGAGCUCGGAGAACAGCUCCGCUCUGAUUUCGAUUCUGGCAAAGACUUGCUUUGCACUGUUCUCAAAUCUUGCGGUGAGGAGUGCGUGAUUGCCCUCAAGACCAACACCGCCCUGGAGAAGUAAACAUCCACAACAAAGACGGGGGAAGAGAGCCAAAAAAGAAGUUUGUCGGCCGAUUGCCGGUCACACUUUUAUAUAAAAAAACCUAUUUACCACCUAAUAAAAGAGUCAGCAAACAUUGACGUGGCCCUGGAAGAAUAGUGCUUUUGGCUCUCCUCAACACAUCUAUUUCGAAAAAAAUGUAUUUUGCUCCCCUUUCUAUGGCUUAACCACUGAAUCGAGGCGGUCGCUCUCAAGCCUCGUAAUGGCUUCUCUAUUACUCGGCCUUGCGUUUCAAUUUUCAUCAUUUCAUUUGCAGCACAACAGUUAUUACUUUCGUUUGAGGACAUGAACUUUUAACAGAAAUCGAAAUUUCCGUGCGUUGGGGUCUCGGCCAGCGAGGAAAAUUGUGAAAUCGAAGCAAGUGAUGUCACGAGUUGUGUAAAAGUUGUAAUUUGUACGGCAGUGGUGACACUAUUCCGGAUAACGCACGUUUAUUUCCUACAAAUUUUUCUUCGCAAGCUGGAAUCCACCUGCACAAAUUUCCGAAAUCUGCUUUUGUCCUGUAAUCCUGACUUUUGCACCACUUGCUCCCGCCAGUCCGUUUGUUCAAUUUUUAUUUUCCUGUUUUUUUUCCUCUGUCCUUUUCGAAACUUAUUUCGAAAUACCAAACAAUGACGAUCGAGGUGUACGCAGUUGUAGUAGUUGUUCCAGCUGGUCUGAAUCUUUCUCACCCUCACCUUAGUCAUUGGAAUGAAAUAUAUUAUAUAUCGUCCCGGAGCAAGGCGGCAAACUGAACGAACACACACAUACACAAUUUUCAAGUCAAAAGAAAAAUCACAAAUCUCGGUAUAACAACAACCACCUGUUAUUAUUUUUCUAUUUUUUGUGUGAAGGGUGUUCUCUCUUUACCUGGACAGUGAAUGGUUCUUUUUUGCGCGACAAACAUACAAUUCCUGCAUUUACAAAAAACCCCAUUGACGACUACAAUAUAUGCGAUCGGCUUGCUUUGAUUUGUCUAUGCAAAGAGCAAUAUUGUACUACAAAUCGGUUCAUGACAUUAAUUUAAUUGCCAAUUUAAGAUGAACCAUGUUUUCGACAUAAGCAGCAAAGAAGUGGGAUAAUAACAAGUUAUAAUAAAAAUCAGUAAUCAUUCCCAAUAAA